AUGUUCUAUCUUUCAACAGGAUGGACUAUGGUAUUCAAGGUAGUGUCUGGUGUGGUGUCAGACAUUUACAGAUUGUGGUCAUCAGCGAACUCCUUUAACGAAUACAAAACAGAGGCACUAAAUGUCAACGCGUCUCUUAAGGGGCAUUACAAGAACCGCCUGGUAAAUAACUGGAAUGCUGUGAAUCCUAAGGAGGUAUGAUUAAUUGAUCGUAACUUGCUUAUCAAUUGCCCCACAACAAUGUCCUUCUAGUAAAUAUUGAUAAUACCUCAUUUAUAUGGGGCUAUUUCUAUCUCUAUCUAAUAGCGCUUUACAAUGACUGAAAUAAACAUAAAGUGCUUGAAAAUCCCAACUGGUAGGAGGCAGACCAGUUGGCUAUUUACACAGCGCAGCCGGGGUGUUGAACUCGGGGCGACCGAGAAUAAAUCCAGGGAAUGGCAGGAUGGAGGACUUGAACCUAGGGCCAGAUUACAAGUCCAGCACCCUAACUACUCAAAUUCGCCGCCUCCUAUAGCUGGUUGCAUUGACAAGUAACAAUUUUUCUAUCUCUGCCAGGAUCAUCGUUCUUAUUAUCUCAUGGUCAGAUUUUAAUCGUUAAGGAUCUAGAAAAUGCAUGUUUUCCUUUCUCAGGUGCGUGUUUCAUUGUACAAAGAUGGAUCUGAAAUUUUAUCCAUGGUGUUUGACGCCAGUAAUUCCGAUAGCGAAAACUGGUUUUCUAAGGAUCGGAUUACUUAUGUUCCCUGGACUGACCUAAGAACUGAAAAAACAAACGUUUUCGAUGUGAAUGUGUGUUGUGGAAGAGCGUUUUCUAUCUUCAGGAAUUAUGGAAGAUGCAGAAAAGAUGCUGGAUGGCUCGUAAUAACUGGUAUGGAUUGUGAUUGGGAGAACCGCUUUCCAAAAACUACUGUCAUGUAUAGUAAACUUCGAACUCACGUUGACCUCAAUGACUUCGGUAAGAAAAAUAGGCAUAACAUUGUUAUUUUCUCAGUUUCUUUUGUUUGUUUCUGUUUUUUUGUUUUCUCGUUCUUGCUGCGACGAAAGGUUUAA